UAGAGGGCUGACAUUCCUUCCUACUCCCUGGUAGAUUCAAUAACGUACCCCUGAAUUCCUGAUUCGGUAUGGAGGUAGGUAGCCCAUCAGUUGGUGCGGAGCUCCCAUGUUCAAGCCGAGAAUCCGGCGAUAAACCAGAAACAGACAACGGCCGGGAGGACUGUCAAAUACAUAUGGACAAAUCCGGCCCCCGUCAAAUACGGCUUUGGUCGAGCUCACUCUUCGGUCCUUUUCCACACUGCACACACCGCGAUGGGCCUAGCAAUGAUAGAUCAAACUGCUUGGAGCUUGAUUGCCGGCCUGGCGGUCGCUUACACCUUUCUCCGUCUCCUGUUGCGACUGACCCAGGACGAGAAGGAGCCGAAGGCACUGGCAACUUCAAUACCCUUCAUCGGCCCCUUGUUCGGCCUGGGUAUCGGGAAAACGAAGUUCUUCCUUAAGCUGAGAGACCAAUAUGGCCUUCCUAUCUACACGCUACGCAUGCCCGGCGCGCGUACAUAUGUCAUCGACUCGUUGUCUCUCAUUCCACCACUCCAGCGCCAGCCUCGCGUUCUAUCCUUCCACCCCAUUGAGCAUCGCGCCGCUGAAAAAAUUAUGGGGCUUACACCCCAAGGUUGCGAUAUUCUAGGGGCCAAUAUGAACCAUGAAGACUCGUACCUGGGGUCCUUCGUUAAAGCUCUUCAUCCAGCCCUCUCUCCCGGGGCUGGACUGGACGAGAUCACUAGAGCCUCGGUGCAGCUACUCAGAGCGUCAUUCGAUACGCGCAAGACUACUACCAGGGUUGACCUGUUUCAGUGGAUCAGACACGAAAUGAUGCUGGCUACUACCAACGCAAUCUAUGGUCCACACAACAUCUUUAAGAAUCCCAAGCAUGAGGCGGCUUGGUGGACAUUCGAACCAGGCUUUAUGCAGCUCAUGGCAUGGCCAUGGCCAUCUAUCACGGCCCGCGCGAGCUUCCAGGCACGGGAGUCCCUCGUCCCGGACAUGAUGGAGUACUUCGUGAAGGGCUACCACGAGGAAGGCUCCCCCCUGGUUAAGUGCCGGUUCGCUUACAAUACGCAGCACGGGCUGGGCCUUGAGGACAUGGCUCGGGGCGAGAUCGGCCAAACAUCCGCGGCCAUAACCAACACCAUUCCCGCCUCAUUCUGGUUCGUGUGGCACAUAUUUUCCGAUCCGGCCGUCUUGCGGGACUGCUGCCGCGAAGUGGAGCAGCUGGUGACGCGCGAUGCCUCCACCGGUAUCUGCACGCUCGACCUCGGCCAGGUCAAGUCGUCGUGUCCCGUCCUGCUGUCAACGUGGCAGGAGACGCUCCGGUACCGACACACCGGCCUCCAGGCACGCGUCGUCAUGGAAGACCACCUGUUUGACGGACGGUAUCUGCUCAAAAAGGGCGCGACAGUCAUGGUCGUCACCCCGGCUCUCCACAGCGAGGCCUCGGUCUGGGGCCCGGACUCGACCAAGUUCGACCACCGACGCUUCCUCCGCGACCGGGAGGGUCACACCGGUGCCAUGAAGCGACCCAGCCCGGCUGCCUUCCGCGGCUUUGGCGGCGGCUCGACGCUGUGUCCCGGUCGGCACUUCGUCACCAACGAGAUUUUGUGUUUCGCCGCUUUGCUGAUCAGCCGGUUUGACAUAAGACCGGUAAAGGGGGUGUGGAGGGAGCCCGGGGUGGGACUCCAGCUUACCGACGCUUUGCCGAAGCCGAUCGAGCCGAUCGAGGUUGAGAUCGUUCCCAAGGCGGAGCCGGAAUGGAAAGUGCUGCUUCCAACCACCAUCAAAGUGGAAAUGGGCGAGGCGGAAAUCCACAUUGUAGCAAAGUUGAAGGAACAUGCAUACACAUUGCAGUUAGACCAUCAAAUGCCCGAGUCCAAGGCUGAGAAGAUUGACCGCGUCAAGGCGAAUCUGCCUCUCCCCGACCAGCCGCCCGCCGCAUCAGACAUGAAGUCGGCCGACAUGCGCACCACAGCCAGCACCGGCGUCCCCGCGGGCGACGUAUCCAAGGGCGACGGCAUUUCUUCCGGCCUGCGUGAGCCCGCUACCAAGGCAUCCGGGGACGUUGACAUGAGCGGUAUUGGUCGCCAGGGCAAGUAAAGUAGGGUCUGGAGGAGCCGCUCAAGUGAAGGACUUUUCAAGAAUGAAUGGGAGGAGAGUCAAAGAAGCAAGGGAUGAUUGCACUGCGUGACGCAACGCGUGUACUAUGUGAUAACUGAUGGGAAUUUCAAUUUUCAAACGGCGUUUUGGGGCCCCGGUUGGGGUGAAUCAAAUGCAUUCAUGGUCGGAUUGGAAACCCAUUAUUAGCAACAUUUUGUUGCAAAUGUCAUUGCGUAUGUUCAGUGACUUCAGUUACUAUCAAAGCACCUAUGAACAAACCGUAUCAGUUACUAUCAGAGCAAUUAUGAACACACCUUAUCUUGUCCAGUC